UGUCCCCCCUCUGGCCAGAGCCCCGCAGCCCCUUCCUGGGGCCGGCAGGGCGCCGUGGGCAGAGCCGCUGCCUGAUCAGCGCCGGGCGCGUGGCUUCUUUGUGUACAGCGGCUCCCGAAGGCGGAGGCGAGCCCUGGGGCUCGGCACCGAGCUUCCUCAAACCCUAGCAGCCCCUCCUGCCUCGCCUCUCCUCGCCGCCCCGGCAGAGAGAGACACCCACCUGGGCUGCUCCACCUCCUCCCUCUCCCGUGCUUACCUGCACUGUCCCACCGCCUUUCUUCUCUCUCCUCCCCCGGUGCCUUCCCCGGGCUGCCCCCCUUGCCUCGAAGGAAGAUUCGGCUCCCUCGCUAGCUCCAGCAACUUGGUCCUUUCCCUGAAGCAGAGAGCCAGGGAAGGGAACGGAAGGUGGAUCUGUUAUAACCUCCCAGCGCUUUGCUCGAAGUGCACUUCUUGGACCAAAACCACCCCCAGCAUGGAUGUAAGAUUUUACCCAGCUGCAGCUGGGAGCUCUCUUCCCGGAGACCCUUCCAAUCUGGACUUUGCCCAGUGUUUGGGUUACUACAGCUACAACAAGUUUGGAAACAAUAACAACUACAUGAACAUGACGGAGGCAAAUAAUGCAUUUCUUUCUGCAAAUGAGCAGACAUUCCAUACUCCAAGCCUUGGAGAUGAAGAGUUUGAGAUCCCACCAAUUACGCCCCCUCCUGAGUCAGACCCCACGCUGGGAAUGGCAGAUAUACUGUUGCCCUUUCAGGGUCUAGGCGACCAGCUGCCUGGACAAGGAAAUGAAUUUACACCCCAGUUUCCUCCACAGAGCUUGGAUCUUCCUUCUAUUACAAUAUCACGAAAUCUUGUGGAGCAAGAUGGUGUAAUCCACAGCAAUGGAUUGCAUAUGAUCUGCUUAUGGAAGAGACCCUCUGAUUGGAUCACUUCUUCUCCACUGGACCCCCUCACCCCCCAGGAUCAUAGCCACUCACAAGUUUCACAGUAUCGCCAGGAUCAUUCUUUGAUUAUGAGAUCGAUUGUUCAUAUGACUGAUGCUGCUCGUUCAGGAAUUAUGCCUCCUAGUCAGUUAACCACCAUUAACCAGUCUCAGCUAAGUGCACAGCUGGGACUAAAUUUAGGAGGCACUAGCUUGCCACAUACUUCUCCUUCACCUCCUGCAAGUAAAUCAGCAACUCCUUCCCCAUCCAGCUCUAUAAAUGAAGAGGAUGCAGAUGAAUCAAACAGAGCUACUGGAGAAAAAAGAGCUGCUCCGGAUUCUGGCAAGAAGCCCAAGACUCCAAAGAAGAAGAAAAAGAAAGAUCCCAAUGAACCACAAAAGCCAGUGUCAGCAUAUGCUCUAUUCUUCAGGGACACACAGGCUGCAAUUAAAGGGCAGAACCCUAAUGCUACAUUUGGAGAGGUUUCAAAAAUAGUAGCAUCUAUGUGGGACAGUUUAGGAGAAGAACAAAAACAGGUAUAUAAAAGGAAAACAGAAGCUGCCAAAAAAGAAUACCUAAAGGCACUUGCUGCCUAUAGAGCUAGUCUUGUUUCUAAGGCGGCUGCAGAAUCAGCUGAAGCCCAGACAAUACGGUCUGUUCAGCAAACGUUAGCGUCCACUAAUUUGUCAUCCUCCCUUCUGCUGAAUACUCCUCUCUCUCAACAUGCAACAGUGUCUGCAUCUCCUCAGACUCUCCAACAGUCCCUUCCCAGGGCAAUUGCUCCAAAACCUUUAACCAUGAGACUGCCAAUGAAUCAGAUUGUAGCUUCUGUUACCAUUGCACCAAACAUGCCAGCAAACAUUGCAGCCCCAUUGAUAAGCUCUAUGGGAACAAAUAUGGUCGCAACACCAUCUUCAUCGCAAGUAAGCCCUUCAAUGCAAACCCAACAGCAUCAGAUGCAACAGCUACAGCAGCAACAGAUGCAGCAAAUGCAGCAGCAGCAACUACAUCAGCAUCAAAUGCAUCAGCAAAUCCAACAACAAAUGCAACAGCAGCAUUUUCAGCACCACAUGCAGCAACAUUUGCAGCAGCAGCAGCAUCUUCACCAGCAACUUAAUCAGCAGCAAAUACAACAGCAGCUACAACAGAUACAGAUUCAGCAAAUGCAGCAGCAGCAAAUGCAACACAUGCAACACCAGUCCCAGCCUUCUCCUCAGCAGCAUUCCCCUGUAGCCUCACAGAUGACCUCACCCAUCCCUGCCAUUGGGAGCCCUCAGCCAGCAUCUCAGCAGCACCAGUCACAAACACAGACUCAAGUAUUAUCGCAGGUUAGUAUUUUCUGAAGAUAAAUGUUCUUGCAACAUUGUUUUGCAUUUAUCAAGGGGGUAGGGGUAAACCAUAUUUGGCUGAAAACUGUAAAUUGUUGAUGGUAGUUAUGCAGAGAUGCAUAACAGAUCAAACGAUCCUCUAAAGUGUCUAUUAGAUAGGCAAUAAAGAACUACAAUGUAGCUGUGUAUCAUCUUUUAGCUGACUAUAAAUCGUUUUGUUAAAAAAAAAUUAAAAAAAUAAAAGCUGGGCUCCUUUUCAUGUGAUGGCCUUUUUAAUUUAUUUAAGCUUUACCUACAAUAUGUGAAUCAAAUGGCCUAAUAAAUACUUGGAUGUUAUGACUGCAAAAUGGCCUUUCGGAGUUAUAUAAUGUAACCUUUCUUUCUCUAAAAGUGAGUAAUGCACUUCAAGGCAGUUUAAACUCAUGAAACUCUUAAAAGCACAGUUGUAACAACCUGUAAAAUAAUGAUUGGAUUUCAUACAAUCAUACUUGUAUGACAUGAGUAGUUGAUGGCAUUUUUUUGUCAUGAAAAUAAUGUAAAUCAGAUUUUUGCCAAAGCUCUUAUUUUUUUUUCUUUCCUACACGUCUUCAGAAAAACAAACGCAAGUGACUAAACUUAAAUGGUUGACCCGUCCUUUCACUUUGAUUUCUCCAAAUAAACCUACCAUACUUUGUAACAAAAUAUAUAUCAACCGUUACCCUAUUAUGUUAAUUCCAGUUACAAAACAAAUGUGAAUAUUAUAUUCUGUGUUUAAGUGAUGAGUUUCAGAUUUAAUACACUGUAUUUUUAAAAGGGAAAUGCACUUAAAUAAAACUGUUAUUACAAAAACUGAGAUUAAAAAAUGCAAGAGGUUUUAAUAUGCUGUAAUACCAGUAGAAUAUAUAAAAGAAGCUCCACAUCUGAAUAAUCAAUGUAAAUAUUUUCUUUAAAAGUUGUAAGUUUUCAUAUCAUGUGUUGUAAAGUUUUCAUAAAUGAGGCUUUAAUGUAAACACUGGUAACAUGAACUAUUAAUUGCUACAUUGCUUAUUGUGUUUUUAAGCUGUUUUA